AUGCAGAGGCUGCAGGUCCUGGGGUCAAGCAGGAGAGGUCUGAAGGAGAGGAGGACCCAACACACAGCAGAGACAUCCAGACUGGUGCGGCUGGAAAGCACCUUGUAGCCACCGAGGACCUUGCCACCACUUCCGCACCCCAGGACUGGACCCAACGCAGCAUCACAGAGGAUGAGGAAGUGCUUCUGGUGAAGGAGGGUCUGGGGAACCCUGAAGGGACCAUGGUCACGGAGGACAACCAGACUACACCUCCUCCUGAACCCACAGAGGUACUAGCUGAGCAGCACAGGACCACACACAGUCUCACUGAGUCAGUAGACAUGGAGGAUGGGAAGCCUGAUCUGCUGAUAGUCAAAGUGGAGACAAUAGAAGAUGAACCAGAGAGCAUUGACCUGCUGAGUGGACUAAAGAUGGGAGAGCAAGGUGGUUGGCUGGAGCCUAACAAGGGAGACUGGGCGGCCAUCUUGGAUUCCCAGCCGGGUGCAGCCAAGGGCCCAGGGGACCAUGUCACUGAGCAGGGCGAGAUAAUGGAGUCUGCAUUCCAUGAAGACCAGCUCAUGUCCGGUGUUGCUGACGGGAGAGACUGGACCUCUGCAGCGGUUGGUCACAAACCCUGGCCACGGAUCAGGACUCUGGAUCGGGAGCCGUCACUCUUCCUUCCCGAGUCGCAACUAGGACCCAACCGUGAGGGACAGAGACUCCACCACCACACAGAACACAACCAGUGGACAGGUGGACUGAACAACCCCAGUCCUGGUGGUCAUCAGAGAGGCAGAGACUCCAGUCUGCAGCCCAGACCCUUCUCUUCACAGUCUCAGUGCAGGGAUGAAGCAGGGCCUGGGGCUGAUAGAGAUAGACCCUCCUGUUCCUAUGAUACAAACACCACAGUAUCCAUGAUGAAAAGAUCCGGUAACCCUGGGCUUCAGCCUUCACAGAGCGUGAUGGGAGAUGCUCCUGGUGGUAAUCUUUCAGGAAGUCUGUCUUCUUCAGGGUCUCGUCUAAUGCCUGCUGACUGGGUUCAUAGAAGACCUGGACCUGGGUCUAGCCUUCCUCAGCUACCUCAUGGUUACCCCACCAACACAGACAGGGUCAGGAUGGACGUUCACCACGAGAAAUACCUAGCCUAUAACACAGCACACAAUCCCAACAACACCCAAACAAUGGCUAGAGGUCAAGGAGGAAGCUCAAAGACUAACCACCUGAGGGUGGUGGCUCCUGCUUCUUCCUCCUCUGGUGUCAUUGGGUCACAACGUGUAAGGCCGAGCAUUAGGACGGACGCCGACAAGCCGUACGCCUGCCUCACGUGUGGGAAGCGCUUUGCUGAGGCGAACUAUGUGAAGAAGCACCAGACUGUUCACACCAAGGAGAGGCCCUUCAAGUGUAAGCUGUGUUACAAGAGCUUCUCCUUCCAGAAUAACCUUAUCAGACAUAGGAGUGUCCACAAUGGGAAGAAAUCGUAGAAGUGUGUGAGAUGUACGCAGGGGAUAUCUGGGAACCAUUCUUUAGUUGACAAACACUACAUGACCAAAGCUAUGUGGACACCCCUUCAAAUUAGUGGAUUCGGCUAUUUCAGCCACACCUGUUAAUGACAGGUGUAUACAAUC